AUGUCACUAAUAAAUUUGGAUAAAUAUGAAGAAGCUAUUGAAUGCUUUGACUAAGCUCUUAUGAUACAUCCCAAAUAUGAUGAUGCAUUGAUUUAUAAGGGUAUUUAGUGUUUAAAUUUCAUUUAUUAGGAGUUGCACUAUGUAAUUUGAAUAAAUACGAAGAAGCUAUUUAAUGCUUUGACCAAGCAAUUAUUAUAAAUCCUAAAAAUGAAUAUGCAUUGAUAAAAAAGGGUUUUAUUUGUUAAAUAUCAUUAUUUAGGAGUUGCACUAGAUAAUUUGAAUAAAUACGAAGAAGCUAUUGAAUGCUUUGACAAAACUAUUAUUUUAAAUCCCAUAUGUGCUCAUGCUUUGAUGUAAAAGGGUAUUUAAAGGUUAAAUUUCAUUUAUUAGGAAAUGCACUAUGUAAUUUGAAUAAAUACGAAGAAGCUAUCGAAUACUAUGACAAAGCGCUUAUGAUAAAUCCCAAAAUUUAUACGGCUUUGUACAAUAAGGGUUUUUAUUUGUUAAAAAUCAUUAUUUAGGAAAGGCACUAGAAAAUUUGAAUAAACACGAAAAAGCUAUUGAAUGCUAUAACAAAGUUCUUAUGAUGAAUCCUAAAGAUAAUAAGGUAUUAAUUUCUAAGGGUAAUUAAUUGUUAAAUUUUAUUUAUUAGGAGUUUCACUAUGUAAUUUUAAUAAAUACGAAGAAGCCAUCGAAUGCUAUGACAAUGCUCUUAUUAUAAAUCCUAAAGAUGUUUUAGCGUUGGAGAUAAAAGGUACAUUACAUUAUUAUUUAGGUAAGGUGCUACACAAAAUAAAAAAAUAUAUGGGUGCAAUCACUUGCUAUAAUGAAGCUUUAUUUUUAAAAACUUCACCAAACUUAUUAAUACUGAAAGGUAAUUAAAUUUUAAAUUUCUAUUCAGCUCAUUCACUAUUUGAAUUAGGAAAGACAUCAGAUGCUAAAAAACUUUAUUUAGCAGCAUUAGAUAAAGGAUCAAAUGAAUUGGAUUAUAUAAAGAACUAAAUAUAAUAGAUAUGAAGCAUUAUAACA